AUGAAGUUCACAGCCGUUCUCUUCAUGGCCGCUGGCGCCCUCGCUGCCCCUGUAGUCGAGCGCCAGGUCGGUAUUCCACCCAGCCCAAGCGGUGGAGCGCCUCCCUUCCCCAGCGGAGGCUUUCCUGGUUUCCCAAGCGGCGGUUUUCCAGGUGGGCCCGCUCCUACUGGUGGUUUCCCAGGCUUUCCAGGUGGCGGUGCGCCUGGUGGUGGGUUCCCAAGUGGUGGAUUCCCAGGUGGAGGUGCACCCGCGCCCACAGGCGGCUUUCCUGGCUUCCCUGGCGGUGGUGCACCUGGCGGCGGUUUCCCAAGUGGCGGCUUUCCGGGCGGUGGUGCACCCGCACCUACUGGCUUCCCAGGCUUUCCAGGUGGUGGUGCGCCUGGCGGUGGUUUCCCAGGUGGCGGUGCACCCGGUGGUGGCUUUCCAGGUGGUGCGCCGCCAGCACCUACUCCAGUCGUUGCAUGA